ACAUUUUAGCUUUACCUGAAGUUGUGAGAAUCACCAACUCAAGCAAAGUACUCAACUAUAACGUCGGCAACUUGAGAGACGAGAGUAUGUCUUUAAUGUUGUUGCUCGCAAGAGCGCCUCUAAAAUGCCAUUCGCCAGGGGCGAGAGCAGUGCGGUUGCUCUCCACCGCAAACAGAUGCGUGACCCAGACUCGUGUCGGAGGCAAGCCUCUCCUCCAUGAGCUGCGACUGUCACGGACGGUGCCAGCCAGGGGUGCAUCCACGUCGACGCCGUCAGAAACAUCACAAGCAGGGAAAAAGCCAUUGUACCCCGAGCGCUUACUCAUUUACCACGCCGGCACGGGCCGGACCACGUUCCUGGCAUGUCUGAAGCUGACUACCAUCUUCACCUUUGCCUUCUUUGGCUUCUUGGCCACGCCGGCGUAUCUCGCAGCUGGUGAGCCCAUUUGGAAGGCCACCGGAAUCUUCCUCUGCGGCCUCAUCCCCCUCGUCACAGUAGCCUACCUAACCACCCCCUUCGUGACCUCCAUCCACAUCCACACGCCCCCCUUCGCCCGCCACUCCCGCGACCUCCUCUCCCGCUGGGCCCGCUCCUCCGCCCCCUCCUCGGCCCGCCUCGACCUGACCACCAUGACCCCGAUCGGCAAGCCGCGCCUGACGACCGUCUCGGCCGCCGACCUGCGCCCCGCCCGCGCCCGCCUGGGCACCGUCAACUACGCCCGCGACGCCGCCGCCGCCGCCGCCGAGGACGCCGCCAGGCCGUGGUGGCGCCUGCGCGCCGUGGCCGCCUUCGCCGUCGUGCCCGGCGGGGAGGCGCGCGUCCGGAACGGGUGGGUGUGGACCGAGGUCGCGGCCGGGAUCGAGAGGAGGGCCGCUGAGGCGGCGGCGCGGAGGUGAAGGGAGGAACGUGUGUGUGUGUGUGUGUGAGAGAGAGAUUGUUGGCUGUGCGCUGGUGUGGUGAUGUGGCGCCGCGUGUCAUGGAGCAGGGCAAGUAACUGUAUUAGUAUGGAAUGUACGAGAUGGGGAGGGUACACUUGUCCAAGUUCAGGCUAGCAGUGCCAGCGGCCAUGGAGAGAGGGGAUGUAACCACUGUACAUUAUCUGGUUGAGCGUAGGACAGCACGCGGCCUGAUGGAGUGCAUAUGUAUAUGUAUAUACCUAGACAGAAUUGGAAGUCGUGGUGGUACGCUUCAAGAAAGUGUUCAAUGUCCUCUUUCCUGGAGGCGCUGUUUGAAUGUAUAUAUACCCCUAAAUGUCGGUCAUGUAUCCAUCCCUCUUCCUGGGUUUGUUUUGUGACGACACCCUGUGCCGCCACAGAUAUCGAGACAACGAAGCCUGGGAGUUUUCGUGACAAAAGAGAAAGC